AUGGUACACCAAGCAAAAGAUGGAAGCUUUGCUGUAGUGGCAAGCCUCUUCAAAAUAGGCAAUGAAGAGCCUUUUCUCUCUCAGAUGAAGGAUAAAUUGGUGGAACUAAAGGAAGAGAGAUUCAAAGGGAACCAAACAGCACAAGUGGAAGUAGGGAAAAUAAACACAAGACAUAUCGAACGUAAGACUCGAAAGUACUUCAGAUAUGUUGGUUCACUCACUACUCCUCCUUGCUCCGAGAACGUUUCUUGGACGAUCCUUGGCAAGGUGAGGUCUAUGUCAAAGGAACAAGUAGAACUACUCCGAUCUCCAUUGGACAUCUCUUACAAGAACAAUUCAAGACCUUGUCAACCCCUCAACGGCCGGAGAGUUGAGAUGUUCCACGAGAUCGCCGAUAAAAAAGAAACCGGAAACAAAAAGAAGAAACCUAAUUAA